UAUUGCGUUACAUUGUAGCAAAAUGGCGGCUGUCAUUCAGAAUCCACUAAAAGCGUUGGGCGACCAGUUCUAUAAGGACGCCAUUGAGCAGUGCCGCAGCUACAAUGCUCGCCUGUGUGCUGAACGCAGCGUACGCCUGCCAUUCCUGGACUCUCAAACUGGUGUGGCCCAGAACAACUGCUACAUCUGGAUGGAACGACACCACCGCAGCCCGGGGGUCGCAGCAGGGCAGAUGUACACAUACCCCGCCCGCUGCUGGAGAAAGAAGAGACGGCUGCACAACACCACAGAUCCCCGCCUGGGCAUCUACGGACUACAGCUCGAUGGCGGUCUCAUGUCCAAGGACACCUUGCCCACCCAGAGCACCACGCUGGAGGCACUUCUACGAGGAGAGGGUCUAGACAAGAGGAACAACUCUAAGAACGACGAGGAGAGUUUAUUGGAGAUCCAGAGGGUUUUGGAGGCAGAUGCAGCAGAGGAUGCUUUCAAUGAUGACGAUGACUACGAGGUGGACACUCCCAAGAGGAGACAUCGGGGCAAAGGAAGAGGUCGGGGUACAGGCCGCAGGAGGGCAGAUAUGGAUGACGACAAGCCAUACGUCUGUGACAACAGAUACAAACAAAAGCAGAACGCAAAAUCAUCAGCGGCAGUCUAUGCGAAGCGCUACAGGAACCGUACGGGACUAAGCUACCACUACACCCAUUCCCACCUGGCAGAGGAGGGCAGAGCUGGAGAGAGAAGCACGGUGGCGUCUAAAUCUCCCCCUGCACAACAGACCGAUAGACACAAACGUCCGAAGGGUCCAGGUGGGGCCAGCAUUUCCAACAACUACUGUAAUAAAUGCCAGGGCGUGAUCAAGAAAACGGGUAAAACGGGGUCUCCCUUCUCAACCUGCCAAUGCAAAACUGAUCGUGGAGAAGAGAAGGAAGAUGGGACUUUUACUGGAGCGGAGGAGCUGUUUGGCACCACCUCGGAGAGCGACACCUCCACCUUUCACGGUUUUGAGGACGACGAGCUGGAAGAGCCCGCCACAAACAGCAAUGGAAUAUCCAACCGACACAGAUAGAGAAAACCUUCUAGAUUUAAAGAGACAGUUUUUUUUUAUAUGGAUUAACCUCUGGCAAAAUCUGCUGCUUCUUUUUCCAAUGUUUUUUGUUUGCAGAAAGCACAAAGUGAUAAUUUCAGGACAGAGAUGCAAGCGGUAUUUUAUCUACUGAACAUUGUUGAAUAAUUUAUGAACACCUUUUUAUAUAUAAAUAUAUAUAUUAACUUUUAAGGCUAUGAACGACUGUCAGUGUUUCUUGACAAGUGACUUGGUCUCCAUGCGCAUCAGAAGAUGGAGUGGUUUUUUUUCCGUCACUGGAGCAGAAGGAGCAUAAACAUUAUGAACAAAAAAACACUGGAGAAAUCUGAACAAUUGAUCCUUUUAAAGGCAUAAAUGAAACAGUACGUUUGGGAGAUGAUUGAAUGUCAUUGCAGACCCAUACUUGAGCUACUGGGUGUUUUUGAAUACGUUCUUGGGUGUGACUAUGAAGGUCUUCUGAACUAACUCUGGAUUAAACUUAUAUGAAAAUGAAGGAACCAAUGAAAGGACUGCCACAGGCCACUGGAAGCGUUUGAAGAUGAAGAAGCCUUUAAAUACAGCUUUUAUAGAAAAGGAUGACUUAAUAAAUGAAAGGAGCACUCAGCACAUUGGCACGUGGCCCAGAGGUUGGGGUGACCAGUGAAGAAGAGGAUUUAACUCUGAAAAACUAAUGAGCCUUCAUGUCCCUUCUGAUUUGGGCCUGAAAUAACUGACUGAAACGGAUGAACACACAUCCACCAGUUCUACAGGCCAUGUGGCUUAAUUGAAGCAACUGCUCUCUCGACAGUAUGUAUUGAUCCCUUCUAAACAUUUGAAAUGUGAGAAGAUCCAGCUUUAUUUCAUCCUUUCUGCACUGUGCUGGAACUCCACUGAGCUAUGGGAACACUAAAGGCCAGGCCCUUGGACUGUUUGUGCCCAACGGGCGCAUUUGGGGCCCCGCGGCUCCGCCUGCCCACUCCUGCUCUGUGACUGCGUGUCUGCCGUGUGAUCCGAUGUGACACUAGGACGUCAUUAUCCUCAUCACUGUGCCAGCCUACCGCUCUGCACUGGAAACCAGCUCUGACAGCCAUGACCCUCCAACCCGACUGGACCAGUGACCCCCCUGACCCCUAGCCAUAGACAUGGUGCUCAAAUCCACCACUAUUACAUGCAGACCUCUGGACUACUGUAUUAAUACGCUGACAUGGAUGCAAAGGUUUUUGGGCUCUAUCUUAUGCUUGGUGCAAGGCGGCGCAUGGCGCAAGUGUCAGACCGGCGCAGUUGUCAUUUUCACGCCUGGCGCCCAUGUCCUUUAAAUAGCAAAUGUACUUGCGCCCAUCUCUGCACCCCUGGGCGUGUUGCUCUUAAAGCGAGGUGUGGUCGGGCGUACUGUUGGCGGAUUGCUAUUUUGAGGCAACAGAAAGCGAAUGUGCCAUUGACCAAAUUAAAGCUGGUCUGAGUUCAAAGGCGCAGUCUGUGUCCUGCUAUCUAAAGGGCGGAUUAUUCCGACAGCGAGAUGCGCCUGCAUGCGGCUCAGAUGUUUUGAUAAGUCAGGUGGAACAUCACAAUACAGCCCUCAAAGUCCCAGCAUUCUUUGUGGCAUGUUGUGUAUUGCACAACAUUGGUAUGCGUCAUGGAUGUCUCUCGGACAUAAAUGACGGCACAUAACAGGACGCAGGACGUCGUGAGGCUGAACUGCGUGUGACGAUGCCAGUUAACUCAAAUAUGCCAGCAGCGCUUUGAGGGAUAAGCUCCUCCUCUUUCUGCUUGAUUUUUUACGCUGAGCGGCGAGCCGUUCUGGAGGUUCCAAAAAAUGAUGGAACCUGCACCGCCACGUCCUCUCAUGCCUGCUUUUCCUCUGCUGCUUUUAGUGGAUAUCUGCUGCUUCUGCAAAUUAUCUGCUCGCGCGCCUUCACCUAGCGCACAAGCAGAUCGGUCUCUUCAGCAGAACACCUCUCACUCAUCUGUAAUUUCGCCAAAUCUGUCGCUUAGGUCGCAAUCCGCCAAUCCCUGAAACACCUUGCUUUUCAAGGAAACAGGAGCUGACGCAAAGAUUUGUUGAUUCAUGUUCCGCCCAAAACACACCCAUGACUAAUUCAGAGUCUAAAUACAACCCCUUUGCGCCGUGCGCCGCACCUGGUGCCCAGAUUAUCCGCCGUUUAACUAGCUAAAUGAACUUUGGCACGCCCUAAGCGCAUUUGCGCCAUGCGCUACAGAUCGUCUAAAUAGGGCCCUUUAUCUUCCUGCCUCUGUCCCUCUGUCUGUGUUUUCUCUCUAUUUCCCGGGCCUCUCUGAUCUCAUUCUGACUCGAAAGCUCUGCAGUAAUUUAGCUCUCUUUUUUUUCUCUGUUGUAUAAUAUUUCUAUGUUUUGAACUCUUAAAGAUUUGAUUAGUAUGACUUCUUGGGUUUGUUUGGACUGUAUUGAUACCUCUGUCCUGAUCAGGUACACAAUAGCCACAACUACUCAGGCAUCUUUCAUUUCCUCUGCUGUUGAUUGUUCAUCCACCUAGCCCUGAUUCAUGUGAUUGUAUUCAGCUGGCAAAGAGGGACAAUAAUGCCACACACAGAUCCCGUAACAAUCAAGUUCCAGGAGGGAAUUUGAGAUGUUGCAGUCUCAUGCUAUAGCAAGACAUCGCAAUAACAAGCUGAAACUUUUGUCCGGUCUCUGCUGACUUUUGCCUGGUGUCACACUCGCCAUGCAAAAAACCCUCUUCGCUUUCCGUUUGAAAUCUACAGUCUCAGCAAAUAGUGACAGCAGUGAGAAUCAUCUCAGAUGCAUUUGAAAAAAAAUAUUGUUGCCAGAGAGGCAUAACUCUGAUCAGAUCCACAUAGUGACAAGUGAAAACUGUAAAUCCAAGUUAUGUGACAUUUCCGUUGAGUGCUUUAGAGGGCCUAAUUGCUUCAUGACAUUUAGAAGGUGCUUGCAGUACUGUAUGAAAAAGCCUUUUAGGUCCAUAGGUUGCACAUACUGUGUAAGAGGUCUGUGUCCUUCCAUUUGAUUAUUCAGUAUCGCUGCAAUGUAAUAAUAGCCGCUCCGUUUUUGAAGCUAACCAUUAAUCUAUGUGUCUGGUGUGACUUGCGUAAGUACUUGUGCAUUCAAAUCAUCUUCCUUCACUUCCCUCAGGGACCCUCCACACAACAGUUUAUCUCCUCUGGACAAAAGAAUGGAUCUGAGACUUCUCAAUUAUCUUGUCUUCUUCCCUUCUAUCAGUUAUGUGGCGUUUCCACAGUAAAAUGGGUCAUUGUGUCGUUUAUCUUCCAAAGUCAUGCCAGUAAGUGAAAGCAUGUGCUCAUUGAUCAUAACCUGCUUAAUGUUACCUAACAUAUAUGAACAGGCCUCGUGUGGUGCAGUUCUGAACAAAAGCAAAAGCUCCUAAAUGCAAAAGUCAAGUGAUAUCUGCUUCGAACUGUGUCAUCAAUCGUUGAAUAGCCUGUAUACCUCGUCAAAGACACAGCAAUAGGCCCUGGUACUCUCUUGUCAAAGCCUGCCGGGGGGUGUAGAGGGAGGAUUGGGGUUGGGAACGGAGCCAAGAGGAGAUGAAAUAGACAUGACGGAGCGUUUGUUUCCUCUUCAGCUGUAAAUACGUCGAGAGUCGAAAAUGGAGAGAAUGAAGAAGUCUUUGUUAAACUAUUUUUAUUGUUCUGAAAAAAUAAAGAAAAAGAAUAAAGAAUGAA